CAGUGCCAGCAAGACAAUUACCCUAAAACUGAUUUAGAUAUCUCGACGCAGCUCUCGCAAUACACCCACCCGAACCCAUGCAAUCCGGUCUUUCGUCCUCAGACUGGUUCACUACCCUGUCUUUCGUUUUUGGCGGUUGCUGCAGCAAUGCCAUCACCUUGGAACAACUCACUUCUGAAUACCCCCGGUCUGGAGUACUCAUAACAUUUCUUCAGUUCUUGUUGAUUUCCGUCCAUGGCCUACCCAAUCAUAUCACUUUCUCCAAUCCACGAGCCAUCCAAGGGAGAGCGGUCAACGGGAAAGCAUCUAAGAGGGACCACUCACAAAAUAUGUCUCUGUGGAACAGGCUCCCUCGUCUAAGGCCACGUAGAGUUCCGUUACUAGUCUACGUCGCACAAGUCGUCCUAUUUUAUACGAUAUCUACCCUGAACAACGCGGCUUUUGCAUAUCACAUUCCCAUGACAGUCCACAUCAUAUUUCGCAGCGGUGGGUUGAUCGUAAACCUGGCUCUUGGGUGGCUUGUAGCAAAGAAGAAAUAUAGCUAUUCCCAAAUCAUAUCAGUCUGUAUGGUAACUAUCGGCUCUGCUUCUCAGCCAGAUUCUC